CUGGACAAAAUGGGGAAUGGGUCAAUGAAACCCAAGCAUCUGAGGCGGCUGGAUAGACAUGUAGCAAACCUCUCUAUUGGCUGUGCUGGCAACCAUAACUUUUUGAAGGACUCAGGUCUAGGCAUCAGUAUGAUCAGCGGGCAAGCUGAUGUCCUUUGCAGCAGGUUGCUUGAACUGGAAAAGGACCUGAAGAGAAAAGAUCAAGAGUUGCAAGAGGGUCAAAGUCGUGUUGCUGAGCUUCAGGAACAGCUGGCUGUGCAGACUAAGGUCAUAGCAGAACUCACCAAGGAACUUCAGAACAAGUGUAUACAGUUGAACAAGCUGCAGGAUGUUGUUAGCACUCAAGGAGAGCACUCUCUUCAGCCUUCUCCACUUAAAGAGGCUUCAAGGAUACAAGACACUGCCAAUAGGAGGAGAAGAGCCAAGGAAGGUGUGUCUGCAGAGCCCACAACAUGGCUGUAUGAUUUGAACAGGCAAGCUACGUUUUCCUUUGAAAAAGCAAGAGUUCAAAAGGAUUCCAGUGAGAAGAAGCUUAUCACAGAUGCCCUGAAUAAAAAUCAGUUCUUGAAGAGACUGGAGCCUCACCAAAUCCGAGAUAUGGUGGAAUGUAUGUAUGAAAGGACUUUCCAGCAAGAAAGCUACGUCAUCAGACAGGGAGAGCCGGGGAAUCAAAUUUUUGUGCUCAAAGAGGGGAGUCUGGAAGUCUUUCAGCAGAAUAAACUCCUCUCCUCAAUACCUGAGUGGACAGCAUUUGGUGAACUAGCCAUUUUAUACAACUGCACACGCACUGCCUCUGUGAAAGCAAUCACCAACGCUAAAACAUGGGCAUUGGACAGAGAAGUGUUUCAAAAUAUCAUGAGAGUGACAGCACAAACAAGACAAGAGCAAUACAGAAGCUUCCUUAGAAGUGUAUCCCUGCUGAAAAACUUACCUGAAGAUAAAUUAGCUAAGAUCAUGGACUGCCUCGAGGUGGAGUACUAUGACAAGGGAGAUUAUGUUAUUCGAGAAGGAGAAGAAGGAAAUACGUUCUUUAUUAUAGCAAAAGGAAAGGUGAUAGUUACCCAGAGUACUGCAAAUCACUCGCAGCCUCAGCUGAUUAAAAAUCUACAUAAAGGAGAUUACUUUGGAGAAAAGGCUCUCAUUAGUGAUGAUGUCAGAUCAGCAAAUGUUAUUGCAGAUGAACACAAUGUGGAGUGCCUCGUUAUAGAUAGAGAGACAUUUAAUCAAACUGUUGGAACCUACGAAGAGCUUCAGACUUACCUUGAAGGUUAUGUGGCUAAUUUGGCUCAGGCUGAUGAAAAGCGACAUGCAAAACGAAGAUCUUUCUGUGGACAGUUGACCAAAGAGGUGUCUUUGGAGAUGAUAGAGCUGAAGGAGAAAGUAGCCCAGUUCCCUCCUUCCCCAUUCCAGAAUUUAGAAGUUGUCACAACUCUGGGUGUUGGUGGGUUCGGAAGGGUUGAGCUUGUUAAAGUGAAAAAUGAGAACAUGGCUUUUGCUAUGAAGUGUAUAAAGAAGAAACAUGUAGUGGACACCAAACAAGAAGCGCAUAUCUAUUCUGAGAAGAAAAUCCUUGAGCAGAUAUGUUCUCCGUUCAUUGUAAAACUAUAUCGUACAUUCAAAGAUAGUAAGUAUGUAUACAUGCUACUGGAGGCUUGCCUUGGAGGGGAAUUGUGGAGUUUGCUGAGAGACAGAGGCAGCUUUGAUGAAGCCACUACCAAGUUCUGUGUUGGGUGUGUGACAGAGGCUUUUGACUAUCUACAUCACAUUGGAAUUAUCUACAGAGAUCUGAAGCCAGAAAAUUUAAUUUUGGAUGCUGAAGGAUAUAUAAAACUGGUUGAUUUUGGAUUUGCAAAGAAGAUUGGAUCAGGGGAGAAAACAUGGACAUUUUGUGGAACCCCUGAGUAUGUUGCCCCUGAAGUCAUUCUGAGUAAAGGCCAUGACUUCAGCGUGGAUUUUUGGUCCCUUGGGAUUCUUGUGUAUGAGCUCCUUGCUGGCAGUCCACCAUUCUCUGGGGCUGAUCAAAUGAUGACAUAUAAUUUGAUUCUCAAAGGCAUUGAAAAGCUGGAUUUUCCUAAAAUAAUAAGGCGGCGACCUGAGGAUUUGAUCCGCAGACUCUGCAGGCAAAACCCUACAGAAAGAUUAGGCAAUCUGAGGAAUGGAAUUAAUGACAUCAGGAAGCACAGGUGGUUGAGUGGUUUUAACUGGGAUGAUCUGAAAGUGAGGAAGUUAACAUCGCCUUUAAAAAGAGAGUUGUCUGGACCGACUGAUUACAGCUACUUUGACAGCUAUCCACCAGAAGAGGGAACCCCUCCCGAUGAACUUUCAGGCUGGGACAAGGAUUUCUGAUUUUUUUUUUUUUUUUUUUUUUCCUUCCAGAACAUUUAUAGAGAAUUAUAGGCAUCAAUUCUGCUCUCUUGUUUCUUGCUUUAAAAUCAAAUUACAUAAUGUUUGUGACAAACACAAUGUUUCCUGAAGGAUAAAAGACAGUACAGCAACCAGAACUUGUUUGGAUAAUGCACCAAAAUCUGUGUGCAUCUCCUUAUAACAAGGGCAUUGCAUUCAGUCAGCAGAUGUAACCUGAAGGUUUUUGGAUGCACGAUGUCUCUAUAGACAUUUUCAGAUGCUGUGGAUCAGAUAUAUGCUUUUGCCAUUGGAAUUAUCACCAGAUAAUAUUUUGAUAUUAACAAGGAUACCAUAUAUCUUUAUUUUGAACAGAGUGGAUGAGUAUUUGUGGCAUUUAUCCACAGCUGACACUAUAGGCAUUUAUUUAUUUUAUCUGCUGCGUGUUUCAUUUUUUCCCAUAAUGGCCAGUAUUUCAUUGAUCCAGAAGCAUGUAGAAAAGAGACUUUUACUUGAAGGUUGAUUUGAUUUGAUCUGGUGCUGCAGCUACAAGGGUAUCACUGUGGAAGCUGCCUCUCUGUCAGUUUAGUUUUGCAUCAGGUUGAAUAUGUGAGACAGGGUAUAACAGGUCAAAAUAAAAUGCAGUAGUAAAUAAGGUGUAUAAAUAAUAGCAAUUGCCUGGAGAAGCAGACUGGUAUGUAUUUCCCUUACUGCUUCAAAGAGCCGUGUCCAUUUCUUAAAAUGUUUUGCUUUUAUGUAGUGUGAAGAUAAAAUAGAUGGACAAAAAAAGCAGGAAAAUUUCUGUAAGUAAAGAAUCAUAUUUUUUCCUUCAAAUAUAUAUUUUAGAUUGUUUCCACUAAUACUUUGCUGAAAUACUACAUCUGUUCACAUCAGUACUAAAACUUCCACCCAUUUCAGUGUUCCAGUUGAUGUCACUAGAUGUGAACUAUCAUUUCAAAUCAUAUUUCAUCAGAAGUCUUAUUAACAUGUAAUUAUUCUGAGUUCCACUUGUAUAGGAGGGGAGAAUAAGAGAGCAAAAACUUGAUUUUUUUUCUCUUGUAAGGAAUUCUACUCACGAAUCAGUUUAAAUAUUCUGUUUUCUUUUGACUGCCUUCCCUUCUCUCUAACGGUUUACAUAGAAAGGCAAGGAAUUCCAAGCUCCUCUCACAAACAGUAUAAAACUGUAAUUGUGAUUUUCAGCACAAUUUUUCAAGCUCUGUCUUUGACCACUUUGGUACAAGUAAACAAAUUGCUAACCAGAACCCUCAAACAACCUGAGCAGGGGAGUCCAGCAAACAGCUAAAAUAUUCAGGAGGCUGGAGCACAUGCCCUGUGAGGAAGGGUUGAGGGACCCGGGCUUCUUCAGCAUGGAGGAGGGAAGGCUUUUCAGGGACCUCACAGCAGCCUGCCGGUCCCUGCAGGAAGGUUAUUGAGAAGACAGAGCGAGGCCCCUUAUGGAGCUGCUCAGGAAAGAGGGUCAUAAGUUGGAACAGGAGAGGUGCUGACCUGACAAAAGGGAAAAAGUGUUUCUCUAGUGAAGCAGGAUCCCAGACAGGUUCUGCAGUCCCCUUCCUUGCAGUUGUUUAAGACCAGACAGACUGGAGCAAUCCAAUCUGAAUUCAGUGUUGACCCUGCUUUGAGCAGGAGAUUGGACUAGAGACCUCCUGAGGUCCCUUCCAGCCUGAGUGAUUCUAGGAAUUAGUUCUAUUUGUCAGCUAUUUGUAUAAUCAGAAUAUAGCACAAUGCAUGUUCCCAUAUGAGUUUAUAUAUGCCUAGGCUUUGGCACUUAACCUUUAAAUUGUUAGAACUGGGAAACUGGUUUGAAGUGUUGAUUGGAUAAUAAAUGCAGUUGGAUAUCGUGCAUUCAUGGUUUAUACAGAAAAAUUUUGUUGCUCUCUGUUAUGAACCGCAACUGCUGUAGAAACAGGGAUGUUCCUGGGUGUCAUGCUGGGCUUAUGGGAUUAAUGCAUCUGCAACCCCUGCUAGGGUCUGUUUCAACUCCCGCUGAGGCAAAGUCCAAUCUAAAUUUCAAUACUGAAGCUGCCACAGCACGCUGCAUUUCACAUGCUGGAUGGAAAACCUCCCAGGCAACAUGUAAUGUGUGCUCAGGGUUUAGUUACCCUGACUGCUGCCUGGAAUUCCUAGCUGCUGGUCAUGAUUUACCCCAACUGGGUGAAGGAGAGAUGCCCAUAGGGUCAUUUCCAUGGUUACAAUUAUUUUUUACUGCUGAGUGGCCAUCACUUUGACAACAAAUCAAUUUAAAUAUUUUGUAUAACAUUCAGUCCAAAUAAAAGCAGUAAAAUAUUUUCAAUUGAAUUUAAUGAAGGUUAGGUUGAGCCCUUGGAGGAAGACACUCCAUGUUUAGCUGGUUUUGUUACAACCAGCUGCCUGGUUGUAAACUAUUGUGGAAACUUGCAGCCAGCAAAGCCUGGGCAGAAUGGUGGUAAGCAUACACAGUCAGAGAGGAUGGAGCAGAGGCUGUAAGGUGGGCCUGUAGAUGCUUUAGACACUUGCAACUAACUCCAUUUAACAAUACCAAAGACCAGAUUUUCUUUUCAAGAUUUAGACAAGCACUAGAUAUUAGGUAUGUGUGUUUCACUGUGUGUCUGUUUGUCUUUCUCUCAUAAAUAUUUUUAUUACAGACAAAAUAAUAUUGCGCCAAGUUUUAUAAAAAGCUUUUGAAUGUAUUUUUCCAUUGUAUUUAUAGGUAGUUUUCUUAUUUAUAUAUAUAAUUAAGUGUAUAUAUAUAUAUAUAUAUAUGUUUUUUUAAGUGAAGAAAUAGCUGUAUGAUUAGUGCAGUUAGCAUUAAAUCUGUGCAGCUGUAGGAUACAUUUUCUUUAUAAAGCUUGUUUAACUUGCAGUGUUUGCAAAUAAAGUAAGCUUACAAUGCAAUGGGCAGGACAUUCAUCUUUUAUAAUUGCAUUCCAUGCAGCAGUUGGGAUUCUUAGCCCUGAAUUAUGCUUCUUGUCCACAUGAUUCAGAAGAGACAGAGGCAGAAAAGACCACCCUGGAGAGAGUCACUGAUGUCAUUUCUUGCAGCAUGUCCCCCACUCAGACUGUUUUCCCACAAAAUCCAUGUGGAUCUUGAGAAAAUGAAUGCAUAAGAAGCUACAAUAGAUGAGGUCACAGAUAUUUUUGUAUUCAUGUAGAGUUCCCAUGUACAUUUGAUUCAUUUUAUUUGUAUCACGUAUGCAGUUGACUCAGCUGAA